AUGGGAGACAUAGAUAAUGUGCUCUCCGGCCGUGAAGUGGAUGCGUUGGGAAGAUCUGGAGAGGGAAAAACUGCGCAGACCGGAUCGAAUGACAAUUCUGAGCAACAACCUUCAUUUGGAACGGAUGAAGCCUCAUCAAAUGAAGAAGAUGUCAUCCCCACAGCGAUUGUUAUUAAAAAUAUUCCGUUUGCUAUCAAGAAGGAGCAAUUGCUGGAUGUUAUUGCCAAAUUAGAUUUACCUCUGCCUUAUGCGUUCAACUAUCAUUUUGACAAUGGUGUAUUCAGAGGAUUGGCCUUUGCUAACUUCACUAACACGACUGAAACGACGCAGGUUUUGAAUUCUUUGAACGGUAGAGAAAUUGGUGGAAGAAAGAUUAGGGUUGAGUACAAGAAGAUGUUACCGCAAGCUGAGAGAGAACGCAUUGAACGGGAGAAGAGGGAAAAGCGUGGCCAAUUAGAAGAACAACACAAGUCGUUGUCAAAUCUGUCGUUGCAUUCGCUGGGGAAGGUAUCCACAACUGCUAACAUGACUAGCUCUUCCAACAGUCAACUAUUUGCGACUUUCUUAAACGAGUCUGGUAAUGCAAGCGCUAAUAACAGCAAGAAUGGUAUGAUGAACCACUCCAACCUGCUUCAAAAUCAGGAUUUUCCUGUAAAGGCCCCUUAUUUUACGCAGCAGAAUGUCUCACAACAUCAAACAGGAUCGGUACAGCAAUCACAACAGUCUACCCGAUUGGCAGCUGCACCUAACGCCCUGAGCGGUGAGAGACUUUUUGCUCCGUUACCAUCGUCAGCCGGAUCACCACUACCGCCACAACAGCUUGAUUUUAACGAUCCAGAUACUUUGGAGAUCUAUUCACAAUUAUUGCUUUUUAAGGACAGGGAGAGAUUCUAUUAUGAGCUAGCAUAUCCUUUGGGUUUAUCAGCAACUCAUAAGCGAAUCAUUAACGUCUUGUGCUCCUUUCUAGGUCUGGUCGAGGUUUAUGACCCCAGCUUCAUUUUAAUCAGAAGAAAGCUCCUGGACCAGGCGACGUUACAAUCCCAUUUGCAGCAACAAGGUCAAGGUUCAAUGCUAAGUUCUUUGCAACCAAAUUCGACCGGCGGUUCGAUGAAUAGGUCACAUUCAUAUACCAGUUUGUUACAAGCCCAUGCAGCAGCAUCUGUGGCUGCGACAGCGAAUCCAAACGCUGUGGCAUCUCCAAACCCUAAUAAUCAUAAUCCGACCAGUUCUCAAAACUGUUCUGCCGCGACGUCUAAGUUACCAGGACAACCUCCAAUACCGCCACAACCGAUAGCUCAACCACAGUCACAAGGAACACAAUUGGUGUCCUCUCCCUCGCAGUUAAUGCAACCUACUGCCUUGCAUAACGCUGAGUCGCAACAAUCACAGCAGCAGUCUUUUAUGAGACAGCAGGCUUCUUUGACACCCUCCUCCAGGAUACCAUCUGGAUACUUGACGAAUAACUCACAGUUGAACAGCGUCAAUCCAUUGUUAAGGAACUCGAACAUAUCACCUCCAAAUAACAAUGUUCAACCAAAUACAGCACAACACCGAGUUCCUCCAUCCUUUUACUCGAAUGCCACCACUUCUUUGCAAAUUCCAGAGCAGCAAUCGCAGCAACAGCAGACUAAUGUGCAAUUGUUGCCACAACACACCAAUGGGUCUCUCCACUCUAAUUUCUCAAUCCAGUCCUUCCAUGAGGACCUUCCAUCUUCAGUGAAUGGUCAAGAGGUGGUUUACACGUCCUUAGGUCAUGCAGGUUUUGGCAAUGGCUUAGAGGAGGGACUCAGUCGUUCAUUAAGUGGAUUAGACCUUCAAGCUAAUGCAAGUGGAGCUCUUAAUAAUAAUUUGAAUGCUAGAAAAGCGCUCUGGUAG